AUGUCUGUAUUUCCAGUAAACCAGCUUCCAGUGUUAAAAGCUGAUGCGUUGAAGUAUAUGAUAACAUUUCGUAACCAACUGUCAGCCGAUUUAUUGACGCUGUCCAUCCCUCAUCUCAUCCAGUUACUAACUGCGCAAAGUGUGGUUGUACAUACGUACUCCGCAUAUACGAUAGAAAGAAUAUUUACGACAAAGUCACCGACUGGGGGUCCUGUCAUCAACGUUGAAAAUUUAAAACCUUAUGUUGAGUCACUGAUCACUAAUCUAUUUAAUGCGUUGAAUAUGCCUGGAUCUCAUGAAAACGAAUACAUUAUGAAAGCUAUAAUGCGCAGUUUUUCAAUGUUACAAGAAGCUAUUGUACCAUACAUACCACCUUUACUUGGUAAACUUACAGAGAAACUGAUGAUUGUCAGUAAGAAUCCCAGCAAACCACAUUUUAAUCACUACUUAUUUGAGUGUAUUAGUUUAUCUGUCAAGAUCUGUUGUAAAGCAAACCAUGCUGCUGUUAGUGAGUUUGAAAAGGCGUUAUUUCCACCGUUUCAAGAGAUUCUACAGGCUGAUGUUCAAGAAUUUAUGCCGUAUGUUUUUCAAAUCAUGUCAAUGAUGUUAGAAAUGCACAGUGAUGUACCAGAAGCGUACAUGGCAUUGUUUCCACAUCUACUUGUACCAGUAUUAUGGGAGAGGUUUGGUAACAUACCGGCGUUGGUUCGACUAUUACAGGCCUUUAUUGAGAAAGGAGCCGAUACGAUUGCUGCAGCUGACAAAGUGCCUGGUUUAUUGGGAGUGUUUCAGAAGUUAAUAGCAUCCAAGUCCAAUGAUCAUGAAGGAUUCUAUUUGAUUAGCAGUCUUAUCGAACAUAUGAAAAUAGAUAUUCUUCAGCAGUAUAUGAAACAGAUAUUUCUGGUGUUAUUCCAACGUUUACAGAGUUCAAAAACAACAAAAUUUGUCAAACAUCUAUUAGUGUUUUUUUCACUCUAUGCAUACAAAUAUGGUGGUGUAGCGUUGGUGGAAAUGAUAGAAAGCAUACAAACUAAAAUGUUUGGUAUGGUCUUAGAAAGACUGUAUUUGGCAGAUGUACGAAAGGUAUCAGGUGGAACUGAGAGGAAGAUAUGUGCAGUUGGUAUGACCAAGUUAUUAACAGAAUGUCCAGUCAUAAUCAAUGGAGAAUAUGCAAAACUGUGGCCUAAACUGUUGGAAGAACUUGUUGAUUUAUUUGAAUUGCCUGAGGAUGAGACCGUACCCGAUGAUGAACAUUUCAUAGAGAUUGAAGACACUCCAGGAUAUCAAGCUGCAUUCUCACAGUUAGUGUUCGCAGGCAAGAGAGAACACGACCCAUUCAAUGGUACCAUACCUAAUGCUAAAAUAAACUUAGCACAGAGUCUACAGAAACUGUCUGCAUCACAGCCUGGAAAGCCUAGAAUCUAUGUUGCUUUUUACUCACUACACACUACUCUAGCCUAG